AUGCCUCAAGAAUCAUUUCAAAGUUUUUUAGAGCGUAUUCAAAGCAAAGAUCCUACUAUGGAACCCCAUCAUGAAGAGCACCCACAAACAUGUAUGGAAAAUCUUGUUGUGCAAGGAAGUGUUCCCGAGAGAAUACAACAAGCUGUGAUGAUUGGAAAGACACCAUCGGAAUUUGAAGAAAAACCAUACAAAAAUUUGUAUAAAUCAAGAGAAGUGUUGGAGAGUGUUAUGAAUGAAUUGAUGCAACACGAGGAAAAAACCAGUCUUGACAAUGAAAUGCUUCUUGGGAAGGUAUUCCAUUUAUUAGGCGUGAAUUAUUAUGAUACUGACGAGUUCUCUAACGCAGAAAGAUUCUUCAUCAAGUCAAUCAAUACUCUCGGAGAUGAAACAAAGGGAACUUCAUCACAAAAUGAUGAUUUAUCUGAGGACAGAAUUAAAAAUGAUACAAUAAUUCCAAAAGAUAUCAACUUUAUUCAUUACAUGAAUGAGUCAUAUUAUUAUUUGGGUGCUAUUUGGACAAAUAGAAGUGAAUAUCAUACGGCACUUAAAUAUCUCAUGAAAUCUGAAGAAAUUUAUAACUAUUUCAAAUUGAAUGAAGCAAAUGUUGACCCAUCAACGAAACAAGAUCUGGAAAAUGAUUACACCCUAACAGCAUACUACUUAGCCCAAGUAUAUACACAUUUAAAGGAUGGAGAUCAAGCAUCUCGUUAUUGCUUUUUAACAUUACAACGCCAAUUAAAUAGCGGACUUGAAUAUAGUAAGAGCGAAUGGAUAGAAAACAGCAUCCAACUAAGCUCUUUCUUUCUUGAGAAACUUGACUACAAGACCGCUAUCCAUUUCAUCAAGGCAGCAGAAUAUAUUCUAAUGAAAACAUUUACUGAAACAGAAGAAGAAAAAGAAUUAAUGGCCAAAAUUAGUAUGGCUAAAGGAAAACUUUUUCUUGACAAGCUUGAGUACAGUAAGGAAUGGGUUGAACAGUAUGAACCAUCUCGGAUUCAACAUGGACAAAUUUUAACACCUCUUCCCUCUGAUAGUGGUGAGAAGAUAUUAAUUGAAAAAACCAAUACUGGGUUUUCCACGUUCUAUUUUGAUAACAUACCUAUUGAACACAAUGAAACAGAUUCGUAUGUGUGCAGAUCCUUUUCAGAAGCUCUUGAAGUAUUCAAAGAUGGUAAAAAGGCGUUUGAAAAAGCCUUAGAAUAUUAUGUCAUAGAUGGCUUUGUUUCUGACCACAUCUCAUUGCUCCAAGAUUUGAGCUCACUCUACCGAUGUGUAAUAUUUUUCGAGGAGAACCUCGAUAGAAAAGUAGCAAUGCAUGAAAGGAGAUUAGAUCUUCUAGAAAAGAACACAGGAGAACUGAACGUAGCGUACUAUAGAGACCUACUGAAACAGCUUUGUUUUGAGGUGGCAGAAACAUAUGUGUCCAUCUUCGAACUUUUAAGUUUGAAAAAUAAGCUUAAAGAUCUAUACAAAGAAGUGAGCUUUAAAAAAUUGAAUUCCAUCAUUACCAAGUCUCUUUCCUUCCUUACCAAGUUUAUUGGCCUAUUUACAGAUAAAGGUGUUUUGAAUGUGGAACCUGAAAAUAAGCCUGCGUUUUUCAGAGCUCAUCUUCUUCUAGGAAGAAUGUACUACAACUUUAUCUCCUCAGAUCCUCUUCAAACCAUUGAUUACAUGAGAAAAAGUCUUCAUGCGUAUGAGUUUUGUGUCAAGUUCUAUAACUCUAACGUGGAGAUAUUGGAGAGGGUACAAGCGGAGAUGGAUCUGGCAAAGCAAAUGUGUACAUUGCUACCGAUGAAGAUUAGCGAAAUUAACUCUCUUCUUAGACAAUAA